GACACACCUCUGUCCGUUCCUCCCGCGCUCGUCGUUAACGGCUGUCAGAUUCAUUCCUCUCCGGUCACUUCAACAUGUCUUUGGGCUGGUCAGCGAACGACCACAAGUCCGCCGCCGUGAAACGGGCGAGAAACGACUCAGGGAACAAAGUGUCGGUGGUUCUGGGAGCGCAAUGGGGAGAUGAAGGCAAAGGAAAAGUUGUUGAUUUAUUGGCGACGGAGUCUGCCGUCGUGUGCAGGUGUCAGGGAGGAAAUAACGCUGGUCACACGGUGGUGGUGGAUGAGAAAGAGUAUGACUUCCAUCUUCUCCCCAGUGGGAUCAUCAACACCAAAUGCACAUCAUUCAUCGGUGAGAAGCAGAGUCUUGCAGUACAGUGCAUUACAGUAACUUUGGAGGACAGUAUUGGCGUAUUGACUGUAUAUGGAAGAUUGUUUCCAAAAAUUUUAAAAAUAAAUAAAUUCUCAGAAUUCAUAGGAACAACUAAGAAAGGCAUCGGCCCCACGUACGCCUGUAAAGCGUCUCGCACCGGCCUCCGCAUCUGUGACCUGAUGGCUGAUUUCAGCGAGUUUUCUACCAGGGUGAAGAACCUGGUGCUGCAGUAUCAGUCCAUGUAUCCGGCUCUGAAAGUGGACGUGGAGAGCGAGCUGAAGAAGCUGAAGGACUAUGCCGAGAGGAUCAGACCGCUGGUCAGGGACGGCGUCUAUUUCAUGUACGAUGCAAUUCACGGACUACCGAAGAAAAUCCUGGUGGAGGGAGCAAACGCGGCGCUGCUGGACAUCGACUUCGGAACGUACCCGUUUGUGACGUCGUCCAACUGCACGGUGGGCGGUGUGUGCACAGGCCUCGGCAUCCCGCCGGCGAACAUCGGCGACGUGUACGGAGUGUCAAAGGCUUAUACCACUAGAGUCGGGAUCGGCGCUUUUCCCACAGAACAACUCAAUGCUGUGGGCGAGCUGCUGCAGACCAGAGGUCAUGAAGUGGGCGUGACCACAGGCAGAAAGAGACGCUGUGGUUGGCUGGAUUUGGUUAUUCUCAAAUACGCUCAUAUGAUCAACGGAUUCACUGCCAUUGCAUUGACUAAACUGGACAUCCUAGAUGUUUUGGAUGAAAUUAAAGUGGGUGUUGCUUAUAAGAUCAAUGGCAAGAGAGUCCCAUAUUUCCCAGCCAACAUGGAGGUUCUGCAGAAGGUGGAGGUUGAAUACGAGACGUUUUCCGGAUGGAAGACGGACACGUCAGCGGCUAGGAAGUGGAGCGAUCUUCCUCCUAAAGCUCAGAACUACAUCCGCUUCGUGGAGAAUCGCAUCGGCGUUCCUAUUAAGUGGGUUGGCGUGGGAAAAUCCAGGGAAUGCAUGAUCCAGAUGUUCUAGGUUCAUGAAGAUUCCUACCCACAAUCCUCCUGAAGACUAUCAGCACAGCGGGACUCUUGGUUUUACUGGUUAGCAUUCAUUAAGCUCUCUUAACAAUGUUUUACUUGAUGGAAGAUCAGCUCUGAAUGGCUGUGUAUGUCCAGGCGUUAUAACCAUCAUCUAUCGGUCACGUUCACACCGAUCAUAAAGAGUGGCGCUAUUGUUAAUGUUGAGUUUUUGGGCAUUUGAUCAUGUUUUGUUGAAUUGCGCUCUGUUGUUUCCAGUGAGACACAUUAAGCGAAACCCCUGAAACUGUGUAUUUCAUUGUUUUAGUUGUAUGCAUUUCAUUUUCUGCUCUUAGAAUAAUGUCUCCAUUAAAAGAGUUUUUCCUUUG